AUGGAUCGACCUGCUAGUCCGCGCCCAAUCGACAGAGAGAUAGCAAACGCUCACGGCGAGUCUGUUUCGCUAGAUGCUACUCGGGACAAACUUGAAGCGACCAAGAAUUUUGACCAACAAUCCCCCGAAGAGACCAUCUUGGAAAGAACACGUGAAGUUGGGCGUCUCCGUGCAGAAGUCGCUUACCUACAAGAUGUCCGACGGCUGGGUGAAUACCUUUGUGAAGAGGUUGAAUAUGUCAUUGACCGGCUACAGCUAGCCGUUAUUGCUUUUCAUAAAGGACUACAACAGAUCGAAGGAGGUCAAUUAGACUUGGCAAAAUAA